AUGUGUGACACCAGCUGCCCUGCGAGCUGCCAGCCGGCCUGCUGUGUGCCCAGCUCCUGCCAGGACAUUUGCUAUGUGCCCAGCUCCUGCCAGCCGGCCUGCCCUGCUGCAUCCUGCUGUGUGCCCGUGAGCUGCCAGCCAGCAGUGUGUGUCCCUGUGAGCUGCAGGCCCGUGUGUGUCCUCGUGAGCUGCCAGCCCACCGUGUGUGUGGCCCCCGCCUGCCAGCCCUCCUGCCCUGCCCUCAUCUGCAGGCCCCUCCCCUGUGGAGCCCCUCCUUGUUGCUGACAGAUCGUCCAGAAAAUCGAUGCUCUGCUAUUGAUCUCGAAAGGCCUCUCCUUGUCUAAUUAGCAGGAUUCUGUCCACGCAUCUCAGUGCUGAAUCGAUGACAGACCUACAUCCCAUAGAGGCGGGACAUCCACCUUACUUUUCUUAUCCAUGAAAGCUUAGCGAUCUAUAAAAAAUAAAUCUCUGAGCC